AUGUAUGAAAAACUCAAGUCCAUUCCUCUUGUUCACUGCGCAGGAACUAAGGGAAAAGGCACGACUUGUGCAAUGGCGGAAACGCUUCUCAGAUCAAGGGGCUACAAAACCGGCCUCUUCACCUCUCCCCAUUUCAACAGCAUCAACGAGAGAAUCCGCAUCAACGGCAAACCAAUUUCGGAGGAAGAACUCUCCGCUACAUUUGAAAAGCUCGAAAAGGCUGAGGAAACGGAAUAUUUACGGUGUGGAAAUGAGUGGUUUUCAUAUUUGACGCUGAUUGCUCUGCAAUCUUUUGUCGAGCAAAAAGUGGAUGUGGUCAUCCUCGAAGUCGGCAUCGGUGGACAGCUUUGUUCAACAUCGCAGUAUCCGAUGGGCGCGCCUCGGGUUUGCUGCAUUUCCGCGCUUGGCUAUGAUCAUUUGGAAAAGCUCGGCUAUACGAUUGAAGAAAUUGCGGCGGCAAAAGCUGGAAUAUUCAGACAUGGAGCGACCUUGAUAACGACCUGGCAAGAAUAUCCGGAAGCAUAUGAAGUCCUAGUCAAAUCAGCGAAGAACAGAGGGGAGCUUUUGACUCCUUCUGGAGAGUUGAUCGAUUCCACGGAACUAGAAUUUCCUCAAAAUGUCAAUGCUGCUAGCGCCGUUCUUGCUGUCAGGCAUUUGAUGAAGAAGCUAAAAGGCGGCGUUUUCGAGCGUUUGCGAAAGUUCAGCAGCUCGUCGGAAUCGGACCUAAUGAAAGUUGUCACUCCAAGGGAAAAGGAGGCCAUUCAAUCAAUCCGAUGGCCUGGACGGCAACAGAUUUUGGAGCAUGAAGUCAAAGGCAGAAAGAUCAGAAUUCUUCUUGACGCUGCGCAUACUCCAGAAUCAAUGAAAAUCUUAUCACACUGGGCUGCUAAAAAUAAAGAAGGAGAAACUCUUAUUCUGAUGAAAUCUGCUCGAGGACGUGAUAUCGACAGUCAAAUGGUGCAUAUUGCAGAGUUUCUGAAGCCUGACUAUUUUGCCGGAUGCCCAACUAUUGGAAUGAAUGAAGACGAGCUUGAUUCAAACACGACGAAAGAAAAGUAUUCGCACAUUUUCCCUGACUUUCUGACCGCCAGCAAAGAGGAUCAAUUAAAAGAGCAACACAAAUACGUUGCCAAGGCAGUUGAAAGUGCUCAAAAAUACGGACUGAAGAGUUUUGAAUAUGAAUCAAUAAACGAUUGCCUCGAAAAUAUGCCUGAAGAAGUUAAAACCGUCAUUGUCACGGGCAGCAUUUACAUGGUUGCCGCCUUUUUCCGACUGAGACCGGAUGCUUCCUAUGCUGGUCUCAUCAAGCCCACAUCUAGCCUCAACAAUCUCCAUCCCUGGCACACCGAGCUCAAGGUCACCUCCUUCGAUGGCUCUGUCCAUUUCUGCGGCGGUGUCAUCAUCGACGACGAAUUCAUCCUCACCACGACUGAGCAUUGCUGCCUCGGAAGCACUUCCUCAAUCGAAGCGAUGAUCGGCGGCGGUUACUGGACAGAAGAAGCAAACAGAGCCAACGGCGAAUUUUCCUUCAAGAGCAUCUUUGUCAAACCGAGAAUUGACACGACAGAUGCUUGUUUGGUCAAGAUCCCAUCUUUAUCAAAAUCGAAGCCAGCUACUUGCGAGGAUUGCUUUGGAAAGGCUUGCUUGCCAAUCAGAUCUCAAAGCCCAGAACAUGGUCAGUAUUGCUGGAUGAAGGGAUCCGAAAUGGACCCCACUGCCAAGGUCGGAGUCAACAUCUACUCAGAAAGCUACUGCACUCUCAAUGGAUACCUUCCAACCGGAGCCGUCGACUUCGAAAGCGAGUUCUGCGCUGGCGAGGUUGAUCUCGACAACGACGGAAUUUACGAAGCCGCCGAAGGAAUCUGCACUGCGGAUCGCGGUUCUCCUCUCAUUUGCGAUUCUCCAGAGGGCACAGCUACCAUCUUCGGUCUUUUGUCGAAACAAACUGAUGUUUCAAGCUGCUCCUCGAGCGGAUAUCCAGCGGUUUUUGUCGAUGUUUCGACGAUUACUGACACGCUUGUUCACAUGAUGCAAACAUCUUAA